GGGCAUUCUCCUGUUGCUGUGGCAACCACAGGUCCAUUUGGGUGCUGAGGGAGUGAGGUUAAAGGGUUAGGAGGGGCCGCACACAUGGGGGAACUUGGCGAACACCGGUCUAGGUCUAGUCUGCUCAGCAUCCCAGUCCUGGAUACCAAGACUUCGGGCGGGUCAGAGUACAGGGAGAGUGAUGGCAGUUUGGACCUUCAGAGUACGUUAUUUGAGGACCACUGGCUGCAGAGCUCCCAAGCCACCACAGAGCGAAACACAGAUGAUCCAGAAGAGGAAAUCCCCCCAGAGGAGAUGGUUGGGGAAGAGCUCCCCGAGGUCUCCAAUCUGGAGGAUUCUCUUCGACGAGACCUGGAGGUGGAAGUGGUUGGAAUGAGCCACCUGUCCAUCAAUGAGCGGACUACUCCCACCACCUCCUCAGCCAAGUGCAGGAAAAAGAAGAACCAUAGGCUACUGGAACUGGCAAAGCCCAAGUUCAACUGGCAGUGUCUGAAAGACAGGACGGGGCGCUGUUGUAAGGGCCAUGUCUGGAUUUCCCCACGCAAGACCAACUUGCAGUUCUGCCUGUAUUGGCCUUCUGUAUACUGGACGGAGCGAUUUAUUGAGGACACCACGUUGACCAUCACAGUCCCUGAGGUGUCCCGCCGCGUGGAGGAGCUUUCAAGGCCCAAGAGGUUCUACCAGGAAUAUUACAACAACAACAGGACUACGCCCAUCUGGCCCAUCCCUCGGUCCACUUUGGAGUACCAAGCUUCUAACCGGCUGAAGCGACUGGCUACCCCGAAGAUUCGCAAUAACAUCUGGAGUAUUAACAUGUCUGAGGUUUCCCAGGUGUCCAGGGCAGCCCAGAUGGCAGUCCCUACCCCACGGACGCUUCGAUUGGCAAAGCCCAGGGCCCCAGCCACCCUGUUGGAAGAGUGGGACCCUAUGCCAAAACCCAAGCCUUAUGUGUCAGACUAUAACCGCCUUCUUCAGCUGGCAACACCCAAGGCCCUGUCAGAAAAGUGCGUUCCUGACCGCAGUCCUCAGUGGGAGGUCCUGAAUGUCACCAAGAAUGCGGUGGCCAGUUCACGGAUCAUCUCCCUGGCCCAGCCCAAAAUUCGAAAGGACCUCAACGAGGGAUACAACCCGUACUACAUCUCCCCAGCUUCUCUGGUGGCCCAGGCAUCUCCUCGAAUUUACGAGCUUGCUGUCCCCAAACACAUCACCAAGAAAGUGUGACAGCCAGACGUACACUCCAGCUCAUUCCCCAGUAAACACCAAGUGCAUCCUCGCCUGUGUGCGUGAUUCGCUGAGCUUUGUGGUUUGGGUAGGGGCGGGCAGGGACGCCGGAGGCCGGAACAAUAAUAAUGUUAUUUUCAUAUUUUAUCUAA